AUGGAGAAGCGAAUUGAUAAGAAGAUUACUUGGGUGAUUAAAAAUUUCUCCUCUUUGCAGUCUACGAAAAUAUAUUCUGAUGAAUUCGUGGUUGGAGGCUGCAGAUGGCGUCUUAUGGCCUAUCCCAAGGGAAACAACAAGCCUAGUCAUUUCUCUUUGUAUUUAGCCGUUGCUGAUUCUGAAUCGUUGCCUCUUGGAUGGAAAAGACACACUAAACUUUCUUUUACUGUAGUAAACCAAUUUUCUGAUAAACUGUCAACCACCCGUAAAGAAAUGCAUCACUGGUUUGAUCAGAAGAGUACUAGACGGGGGUUGUCAGAUAUGAUUGGACUUACCAAACUGUGUGCCAGAGAUGGAUUUAUGGUGAAUGGAGAAGUCGUAGUUGCUGUCAAGGUUGAUGUUCUUGAAGUUGUUGGUCAAUUAGAUGUGUCAGGGGAAUCUUCACCAGUAAUGGAAACCAUAGAUGUCAAUGGGUUCCAAGUUCUUACUUCACAGGUCCAAUCUGUGAAGCGUUUGUUUGAAAGACACCAAGAUGUUGCAACAAAAUUUUGGCAAAAGAAUCCAUAUUUGAAGACGGCGUACAUAAAUGUCCUCCUAAGCUUAACCCAGUCGCUAUGUCAAUCUCCUAAGGAAACCUCUAAGGAUGAUCUUGCAGGUAAAUAUGCUGCUCAGGCAUACUUAACGGAUGCAGGGUUCGAGUUGGGUUGGUUGGAGAAGAAACUUGAUGAAAUAAAGGAAACAAAGCAGAAAGAAGAAGCUUGUUUGGCACGGCUUCAAGAAAUUGAGGACCAACUUAAGGAAACGGAGGAACAACUUCAGCCAUUGAAACAGAAGUACACAGACUUGGAAUCUCAAAAAGACAAAUUGAAGGCCGAGUUGUUGGCAGCUAGAGCUCAUGAUUUCUCCUUGAACGAUGACAAUGUUGUCUGA